AUGACCGAGGACCGUCCGGGAAAACGAUGGUAUGAGGUAAUAGAAGACGCCGAGUACGCACUAAACAAUACGGUGAAUAAAGCCACGGGUGACACACCGUGCAAGUUAUUAUUCGGAGUAGACCAAACGGGUAAAGUGCCAGAUGUGUUAAAAAAGUGUGUUCAAACUGAAGCAAGUCGCGAACCUUCAAAAUUAGAAGAGUGUCGUCGCGUAGCCGCGGGAAAAAAUUUGCAACAGCAAAAUUAUAAUAAGACGUAUUAUGAUAAGAAACACAAACCGCCUUACGAGUAUCAAGUCGGAGAUUAUAUUAUGUUAAAGAAUUUUGUAAGUACUCCUGGGGUCUCCCAAAAAUUGAUUCCGCAAUUUAAGGGACCCUACGAGAUUAUAAGGAAAUUGCGAAAUGAUCGUUACGUUGUAGCGGACGUUAGAGGUUUUCAAAACACUCAGAGACCGUACCAGGGUACUUGGUCAUCCGCAAAUAUGAGACCUUGGUGUCCAAAUUAG